AUCGUCUUUGGGCGCGACUCGAUUUUCUUCGCGCCUGAAUCUGUCUUUCUUUUUUUUCUCUUUCUCUUUCUCCCUAUUCCCCCUUUUCUUUUUUUCUCUCCGGCCGAAUCCUUUUUUUCACCCUUUCUUUCGUUAUAUGACAACGACACUUUCCUCUGUCCGCUCUUUGUCGUUUUCUUAUUGACACGUCAGAUGAUUCUAGAAUAAAUAAUUUACCUCUUGAUACCCGUUGCUAGAUGCUAAUAAAUUACAGUAAGAGUGUGACUACUCGAGAAACACUUCACACUUGAUUGUUAGAGAUUCUCUAGUGUCAAGGUAAAUAAAUAUUAUUUAUGGAUCCCAUUGGUAAUGGUAAUGAAAGGAAUAUUAACGCACCGUGCGGCAUGCUGUGCUAUUAAUUUACGCGGAGCUUUCGAAAAGCCUUGAGGCUGAACGCCGUGCCUCUUUUCUGUUGUAUGAAAUCACGCUAUUUCCACGGAGUAACUAUUAUAUGAAAAUUAUAUGCUAAAAUUAGUCAUGGAUGAUUACCAAGGGACAAGCACAUAGAUGAGAGAUCUAAUGAAAAAAUAAAAAGAAUUACAGGGGAAACUCGCGCUUUCUCGACAUAAUCUCGCUUCGAUCCAUUCCACAGAUGAUGAAGAUAUGCAAAUCACAUACACAUUCGGAUCAAAUUAAAUUACGUACUGUCAAAAUAUUGGAUAUCGGAUAAAGUGACAUCUGAUGAAAUGCCAUGAAACUAAUGAAAUAUGGCGGCUUUCGUGGUUAGGAAAAAUGUUCAAAGAUAAUUUUAAAUAUUAUAAAAAACGUAAUCCAUUGCCUGAUUUAACAAAUGUGAUUGACUUUAAUUGUCCAGAUUUUAAUAAAGUUAAAAACAUUGAAGCACAUUUUACAAAUGACACGUGUGAAAAAAAAUUUGGAUUAAAGUGUUCCAAGGAUUGGGAAAUUUAUGAGUUGUUAAAUAUUCCAGGACUUAUUUUUAUUAAAAAUCCAUUUACGACAAGUGGUCAUCAUUACUGGAUCAUAAAAUGUUUGAAGGAUUAUUCAAGGAAACCAAAUAAAUCAAAUUUAGAUGCUCAUAAUAUUUUAACUAAUGAUGAAGCUUGGUGGGACAUAUGUUUCGGAUCCAAUAAUUAUAAUAGAGCAGAAAGUUUACUCCCAAAGUUAAGAUGGGCAACAUUGGGAUAUCAUCACGAUUGGGAUACAAAAGUAUAUUCUGAAAGUUCUAAAACGCCUAUGCCUAUUGAACUUAUCGAAUUGACACAGUUUUUGGCUAGGGUAUUAAAUUUUUCAGAAUUUAAAGCAGAAGCAGCCAUUAUCAAUUAUUAUCGAAUGAAUUCUACGUUAGCAGGACAUACUGAUUGCUCUGAGCCAAAUGUAGAAGCACCACUUUUUUCUAUUAGUUUUGGACAGACUGCUAUAUUUUUGAUAGGUGGUCUUUCGCAAGAACAUCCAGCAGAUGCUUUAUUUUUACGAAGCGGCGACAUAAUAGUAAUGACUGGUAAAUCGCGUUUAAGAUAUCAUGGAAUACCUAAAAUUUUAUCAACCCAGUUAAUUCCUUGGGAUAUGGACGAAACAGAGACUAAUGAAAGUAACUGGAUUUAUGCAAAAAAAUACAUAUCUAAAGCUAGAAUAAAUAUAAACAUAAGACAAGUAUUAAAAGAUGGCCAAUUGACUUUAUCUUAAAUUAUAGUAGCAAUUGUUGUAAAGUAAUCGUAAAAAAUCAUCGAAUAUUAAUAUGAAUUUUAAUCUUUAAAAAUAAAAGCUUAUGUAAUAUAUCAUUUUAAGAGUCGCCGGUUUUGUCUUGUUCUAUUACAUUAUGAUAAAAUAUAACAGAAAUAUUUAAAAAAUCCCAUGCUAUUGUUGCCAUUCGUGUUAAAAAAUAUUGAGACUUUUUUGUAUGGUCUUGCUUUGAAUUUUCUGAUUCACUAGUUUUUGCAUAAAUACGAAUACUUGGAAGGCACGAUGAAGAAACACUUGAAGUUAAAUAUGGUUUGAGUAAUAUAUUAGUGGCAUCAUGUAUUGCUGUGUUCAAAAUAAAAUUUUUUGAAAUAUC